GAAGGUGGUAUCCACCAGUGUUUUGAGCGUCUUUUUUUUGGGCAUAGGGAUACCGGCACGGGAUGGCUCAGGUGAGCAGGUCUGUGGGUGAGGCGCUUUGGGGAAUGUGCGCGGCGGACGCGAUGUCAAUGCCGGUGCAUUGGUAUUACAACAUCGGAGACAUUAAGAAUGACUUCGGCGGCUGGAUAACGGGCUUUGAGGCGCCCAAGAACCGACAUCCCUCCAGUAUUCUCACUCUGUCCAACUCAGGUGGUAGCGGCCGUUCCUCCCUCUCCUCGGAGCACCAGCCUCCCGUGGUGGGGAACAUCAUCCUCCAUGACAAACUCAAAUUCUGGAAGUUCCGGAGUGGGUCGGUCCAUUAUCAUCAAGGUCUGCGGGCUGGGGAGAACACGCUGAACACUCUCUGUGCCCUACGGGUAGUGCAGACACUGGCAGGGGGAAAGUUCGGCAGCGUGGCUGAGCAGGGGGCGCGUGCGGAAGUUUUGGCCGAUUACGUGCAGUUCUUGACUACUCCUGGAACGCACGAUGACACCUACGCAGAGUCCUUCCACAGGGUAUUCUUCGCAGAUUGGCAGGAGGAGCGACCCACCUCCCCCAGCAAGGUUUUGGAGUUUGCUGAGAGGCGUUACAAGCAGAAGAUGAACGUGUCAUUUCCUGAUAGUCAGCUGAAUGCCAUUGGCUGCCUCCCUAUGGCCAUUCCAUUUGUGCUGCUCUCUGCAACAGCUGAUGAGGAGCAAGCGGUGACUGCUGCUGUGGAGUUUGUCAGGCUCACGCAUCCUCACCCAAAGCUGGAUAAAUAUGUGGCCCUGUACGCCCGAGUGCUCCACGCCACCCUGAACGGGGCGUGUCUGAGACAGCAGGCAGAAGCUGCCCUCAAGUCGCCUACGCUGGACGUGUGGGACACCUGCCGGCACUACAUGCAAAAAGCAGCCAGGUUUUCUAGGGGCUCGGAGGAGAAUCUUAAAGUGCAUCAGAGUGCUGUGGCAUCACUAGGUCUUGCCUGCUACACAGAAGGUGCACUCCGCAGUCUAUUUUACCUUGCUCAUGAGUUCCAUGAUGACCCGCGUGGAGGAAUCCUGGCAAACACAAACUGUGGAGGUGAGAACUGUAACCGUGGCGCGGCGCUGGGAGCUCUCCUCGGGGCACGGGCGGGUCAUGAGGGCGGGGCUGUGCCCCGGGAGUGGAAGCAGGGCCUGGUCAGCGCUCAGGAGCAAAUACCCGCUAUCCUGGCAGGCAUGCCCUAACUGCACACCAUCACCAGAGGACAGAUGGGAGCCAAAGACUGCAUUACUUCCAUGUCUGCCUGCACACACCUACACAUACACACACAAACACACACACACACAUAUGCACUUACAG